ACGGUCUUCUGCUACGUCUGCGAGGGAGUGAGGAUGCGGGCAGCCAUGGCGAUGUGGACGGUCCUGCUGCUGUUGGUUGUCAACACAGGUAGCGUAACUGCUGGCCAUGAGUAUGAGGGCUAUGACUACUGGGUAAACCACAAUUUGCUGUCCUACUGGGACGCAAUGAAUAGCUGCGGUGACCGUGGCCAUCUUGUGGACUUCAGUAAAGGGACAUCUGACGGUAGCUUUAACUGGGAUAUUCAGAGGCACCUCACUCGGAAUGUUAUUGGCAACUACUGGCAUCUCUUUUGGGCUGGACUCCAGGAGUACGAUGAUUGGACAUGGAGAUGGCAGGCCAGUGGCACUAUUGCUAGUGUCCCCUGGCAUGGGGGCGAACCAAACAAUAGAUAUCAAAAUUGCGGCCUGUGGAAGUGGAAUGUUGUGUACAGAGUCUGGGCCUUUGAUGACGAGUUUUGCACCCUAAUAUCUAAAUCCAUUUGUCAAGAAGACGUCGACGAAUGCCAUGGUAACAACGGAGGCUGUAAUCACAACUGUGUGAACACUGACGGGAGCUACCGCUGUGAAUGUUGGCGUGGAUACGAGCUGUCUGGGUCAAGGACCUGCGUUGAGAUCAACGAAUGUGAAAGUUAUCCGUGCCUCAAUGGUGGAACCUGUCGGGAUCUAAAUGACACUUACAGAUGUGACUGUGUCCAAGGAUGGACGGGACGCAACUGCCAAACAGAUGUGAAUGAGUGUGCCACUUAUGGCGGACAGGGUCCGUGUGAUCCUAACCAUGGCGUCUGCCGUAAUUUGCCAGGAAGCUACAGUUGCUGGUGCCAGGUUGGAUAUGAGCUUAAGAAUGAGCAGUACGAGUGCAAAGACGUUGAUGACUGCAAGAACGGAACAGGUCCCUGUGAUCACAUCUGUAGGGACAUGUUGGGGAGUUACCGCUGCUCCUGUAGAGACGGUUACGAACUGGGUUCUGAUGGCUUCUCAUGUGUGGAUGCCGAUGACUGCAGAUCCAACCCUUGUGAGAAUGGAGCAACCUGUCAUGAUGGAAACAGAACCUACUCUUGUGAAUGCCCAAGCGGAUACAAGGGAGUAGACUGUGAAUUUGCUCCUUGCAGUGAGGACUAUGAGCCACCUGAGCACGGGUCUGCCACGUGCGCUGAUGUUACGACAGGCGGAAGGUUCUGCACUGUGGCUUGCAACUCCCAACACGAGUUUGCCUGCAGACCUGCGGACGGUUACAGCUGUGACCUGGAGGGCCAGUGGCACGAGGUCGGACGAUCAGGCUGCGAAGGUAGACUGACUGAAGAUGCACCAUGGCCGGAUUGUUCUCAGACAUACCGUGGUGGCUUUUGGCCUAGACUAAAAAGCGAAGCGGAUUUCUACUACGACGGAGACUGCCAAAGCAACGUUACUGAGAUCAUAGAGAUGUUUGAACGUCUGUUUAACACUCUCGGUGGAGCAGCAACCUCAAGCGCAGGAACCUGUAACAUCGAGAACAUCAACGUCACCUGCGGUGAGUCUACGCGCUCAGCAGCAAACAAGAACCCCCGAUCUGGCCCUGGUUUCGUCGUGCAAUUUGACAUCGUCGCCGUCAGCAACUUGCCACCUGACCAGAUCACCGAGGCUGAUCAGACGGACCUCGUCUUUCUGCUUGGAGACAUCACUUACGAAAUUGAAGACAAGAUCUACGCCGGAGAAUUCAGCAUGACGAUUGGCGGUAGUAGAGCGGAAGGAUCAUCAUUUACGAUGACAGGACCGCCAACAUUCAAAGGUGACUGCCACGAUGGACAAAUGACCGUGAUUGAGAAUUUCUCCGCUUAUUGCCUUGACUGCCCAAGAGGAACCCACAAGCCUGCAAACGGAACCUCCUGUGUGAAGUGUGACUACCAGGAGUACCAGGACGAGGAGGGACAGUCUUCCUGUAAACCCUGUCCGGCUGGAACUAACGCUGUUUACAGGGGGGCUAAGAACAUCGCAGACUGUGCUGCAGAAUGUGUCGGUGAUGAAGCUCCAUGUGCGGACUGUCAUCUUGCUCGAGGGAGCUUCCAGUGCAAGUGUUCUGACGGCUGGGCAGGCUCCAGUGACGGCCUGGUCUGUGGACGUGAUGACGACUUGGACAACUUGUCUGACGUCCCUAUAACAUGUGAGAACGAGACCUGUAUCAUGGACAACUGCCCUGGAAUCCACAACCCUGACCAACUGGACAUGGACGGAGAUGGGAAAGGAGACGUCUGUGACGAGGACAUCGACGGUGAUGGAGUCUUGAAUGACAAGGACAACUGCCCAGCUGUUCCCAACCCUCACCAGAUCGACUCGGACGGUGAUGGAGUUGGCAGCAUGUGUGACAACUGUGUCUCCACACCCAACCCUGACCAGGCUAACACUGACGACACUGAAGGUGGGGAUGCCUGUGAGGCAGCACUGCAUGAAGAGAUCGCCAAGCUGUGUGAGAAUGAGCCAGAUGGGACCUACCUGCCCCAUCCCCGUGACUGCUCCGGCUACAUCCAGUGUCACCAGGCGGGACAUGACGCUGUGUUUACCUGUCCUGGGGGAACUAGCUGGAGCCAGGAGCUGCAAACCUGUGCCAUGGCGGAUAUUAUCAGUUGUGACUAGGAACGACGAACCCAACAAGACGGACGAACCCAAACGGACCCACGAGACAUGCAUUUAUCAGCAACUCUGCUCAUCUUUCAGAACUAGUACAACGUCGCAACGCUUCAAAGGCAACCAAAAGAAACUGCAAUGGCUUGCUUGCCCAUUUCUCCUUCAAAUGCUAAUAAAGAGCUUAACUUUAAAUCA